GGAUAAAGAAAAGCAUAUUUUAAAGGGUCUGACAGGCUACUUGUCAGAAAAUAGAAACCCAAAAGCCUCUUUUAUCUUUCUCUUGUGUAGCUAGCAUCAAAAACCCCCUUCCUUCCCUCUCGUCGCUAUCUUUCAAUGAAACUGGUGGAGAGAGAAGAAACCCAAACCCCACACCCUAAACGAUAAAUCUAAUCGGAUCAUCCAUCAACCCUCCUGAAAUGCUCACAAUCUCUUCUCAAUUCUCUCCGAUUUUCGUCACGGAACACAUGUUCGUUGGUGGAAUAAUCUCGAGGGUCACAAAAAAGCUUGUGGAGGGUGACGAUUAUUAAAAUAUUUGGUACUCAUCUGGCAUAAAAUGGCUUCUUCCAGCCUAGGACAUGGAGGAGUCGGAACUUCAAGAACCGUUGGCGGGUUUAACGAAUCUUCUACCGCAAUUGAUCGGUUGGGAAGGGGAAUGCUAGAGAUGAGACUCAGGGACAAAGUGGAACGUGAUGAUGACAAAGAUAGUGAACCGGAGAUUGUACACGGGGCGAGUACUGAAGCUGGACAUGUAAUAAGGACAACGAUUGGUGGGCGUAACGGUCAAUCUGAACAGACUGUGAGUUACAUAGCGGAACAUGUGAUCGGGACUGGUUCUUUCGGUGUUGUUUUUCAAGCUAAAUGCAGAGAGACGGGAGAGAUUGUGGCAAUUAAGAAAGUUCUUCAAGACAAACGUUACAAGAACAGGGAAUUGCAGAUUAUGCAAAUGCUGGACCAUCCUAACGUUGUGGCGCUUAAACAUUCUUUUUUCUCAACUACUGAUAAAGACGAACUUUACCUCAAUCUUGUUCUUGAUUUUGUUCCUGAAACUGUUAGCCGUACUGCAAGGCAUUACACUAGGAUGAAUCAACGAAUGCCCUUGAUAUACGUCAAGUUGUAUACCUAUCAGAUAUGCAGGGCACUUGCGUAUAUCCACAAUUGUGUUGGGAUAUGUCACCGUGACAUCAAACCACAAAAUUUACUUGUGAAUCCACACACACAUCAGCUGAAACUAUGUGACUUUGGAAGUGCUAAAGUUCUAGUGAAAGGAGAACCGAAUGUUUCAUACAUCUGUUCAAGAUACUAUCGUGCGCCAGAGCUCAUAUUUGGCGCCACAGAAUAUACAACAGCUAUAGAUAUAUGGUCAACAGGAUGUGUGAUGGCUGAACUAUUACUUGGCCAGCCUCUGUUUCCCGGAGAAAGUGGCGUCGAUCAGUUGGUUGAGAUUAUUAAGGUUUUGGGAACACCUACAAGAGAGGAGAUAAAGUGUAUGAAUCCGAACUACACUGAGUUUAGGUUUCCUCAAAUUAAGCCUCAUCCAUGGCACAAGGUUUUCCAGAAGCGUUUGCCUCCUGAAGCAGUGGAUCUAGUUUGUCGGUUUUUCCAGUAUUCACCCAAUUUACGAUGCACUGCUUUGGAAGCUUGUGUUCAUCCCUUCUUUGAUGAAUUAAGGGACCCAAAUACCCGUCUUCCCAAUGGUCGCCCCCUUCCUCCACUCUUCAACUAUAAACCACAAGAACUUGCUGGGAUACCUAGAGAGACGAUCCAGAAGCUUAUUCCGGAGCAUGCUCGAAAACAAAACUUAUUUAUGGCUUUAAACAUCCAAUGAGUUUGGUGUCAAUAUGCUGAUGGUGGAUUUAAUAGUUUGCUGCUUGUUUCUUCUGUGCUUGCUGUUACAUAUGAGCUUGUUAUGAAAUGAGGGUACCAAUUUUAUUAUCUUAAAGUAAUCUAUCUAUGUAUGUGUUUUCUGUAGUUGGUUA